AUGGGUGCCAUCGACCACCCCCCUUUGGCUGGGCUACGACUUGCAGGACAGGAGGAGGGCAUCACCGCCGCGCGACACGGCCGCCGUGCCAUUGGAUCACGACGGCCGCGCUGCGCAAUAACCGCCGGCUCGUCUCCCAGUGCGGGGGGCUGCGCCGCCCCAGUCGACAGAGGCGACCGGCCGUUCAACCUCUUGGCUGUCUGCCGCUCUCAGCUUCCAACAGGUUCGGCCAGAGCCUAUCCAGAGGCUAGCCAGAGGCGACCCCGAGGCUAUCCAGAGCCUAUCCACAGACUACCCGCAGACUACCCGCAGACUACCCGCAGACUACCCCGAGGCUAG